GACACACACAUACCCAGUACAGUCAACUGCAUGGAGGUGGCCACGGUGGAGGCGCACCCCUACUACGUGGCCGUGCAGUUCCACCCCGAGUACCUGUCGCGCCCGCUGUCGCCCAGCCCGCCCUUCCUGGGGUGAGGACACACACAUACCCAGUACAGUCAACUGCAUGGAGGUGGCCACGGUGGAGGCGCACCCCUACUACGUGGCCGUGCAGUUCCACCCCGAGUACCUGUCGCGCCCGCUGUCGCCCAGCCCGCCCUUCCUGGGGUGAGGACACACACAUACCCAGUACAGUCAACUGCAUGGAGGUGGCCACGGUGGAGGCGCACCCCUACUACGUGGCCGUGCAGUUCCACCCCGAGUACCUGUCGCGCCCGCUGUCGCCCAGCCCGCCCUUCCUGGGGUGAGGACACACACAUACCCAGUACAGUCAACUGCAUGGAGGUGGCCACGGUGGAGGCGCACCCCUACUACGUGGCCGUGCAGUUCCACCCCGAGUACCUGUCGCGCCCGCUGUCGCCCAGCCCGCCCUUCCUGGGGUGAGGACACACACAUACCCAGUACAGUCAACUGCAUGGAGGUGGCCACGGUGGAGGCGCACCCCUACUACGUGGCCGUGCAGUUCCACCCCGAGUACCUGUCGCGCCCGCUGUCGCCCAGCCCGCCCUUCCUGGGGCUAAUACUCGCGUCACUGGGAAAACUCAAGAACUACAUGUCUAAAGGGUGUCGCCUGAGUCCCAGAAACCUGUCUGACGUCAGUUCUGAUGAAGAAGACGACAUAUCCCUCUCAUCUCUUAGCCUAACAGAAGAAAAAACAACGAUUGAAAACGGAAAACCGAAACAGGUUAAUGGAGUAGCUAAAUAAAUUAAUACUUAUGUUUAAGUAGUAAUUUUCAUUUCACAAAUAAUCAAUCACUUUUUAACUGUUCUUGACUCAUGAACUUAGUAUAAGCUUAACUUUGGAGCAGUUACAUUUAUGUUCAAGUUUUCUAGUCGAUAUUAUACAGCAUAAUAUGAAUUUUUAGUUUUAUAACACUACUUAAGCUGAAACAAGCACCUACAAUAUAUCCAAUGUAUCUUAUUAUUUUUAAUGUUUUAUACUGAAGCGAAAUAUUUUUAGAAUUUAUUAUGUUGUAUAGUAUUUGACAUUCGCCAAAAUUAAACUAUAAAUAAACUUUUCGAAAUAAUAGUGUUAUGCAUAUCAUUAUGAUUUCCGUUCAUCAAGCAUUUAUAACAUAUAGUUUUAAUUUUGGUGACACCACACCACAGAAAUAUUUCAAUUAUUUUAUUUUCUAUUAUGCAUGGAUACGUGUAGCACGUAAGCCAUAAUUUAAGCUUAAGAAUAUUUUUUUUUAUGAACUAAUUUUUGUAUUGACAAAAUCCUUAUAAUACGCUAGCUGAAUUGAGCUGAAGUUUGUAACAGUAUAAAAGCAUGUAUAAUUAAGGCGCAUCCAGAUGUCGCGAAAGAUUCGCUAACUAUUAGCGAGCAUCGAACGAAGGAUCGUCGCAUUCGCAAGAUCUGGACUCGCCUUCAAACAUUGACGGGUCUUACGGGCAAUAAGAAUGGGGCCAGUACAGCGGUGUCACGCACACUAAUUCGCCCCAAUCGUGUAGUCUAACCCCACAACGCGAUUGGUUGAUGAGUUUACAUCGCGCGCGCGAUUUGACGCAACUAGUUGGUAGACUGCUCGAUUGACUCGAAUUCGUGACACCACUGAACUAGCACCAUUCUUAGUGCCCGUAAGGCCCGUCCUUCAAAUGAGUUAGAAAUGAUAAGCAAGUUAAUAUAUUGAUCUGUCUACAUUUAAACUAGGAGGUAAUUUAAACACUUUUUUAAACAUUGAAGUUGACUUGACAUCCUACUGACAGAAUAAAUAUCAUAGAUUAAUCGAAAAACAUGAAUCAAAACAAAUUAUUAUCAAAGUGAAUAAAAAGUAUUUAUCACAAAUAGUGUAAACUUUGUUGCUCGAUUUGUGUUUCAAAACUAUAGAUUCUAUUGCAUAUGAAUUAUUGUCAUGUAUUUAUUCUUUUACCGAAAUACAUACAUAUUUGACAUUGUGUACAGUGUUAUCAUCAUCAUAGCUUAUUAAACUCUAUUUUUUUAACCAUAAAUUACUGGAAUGACUAUUAUCAUUCAAUUUAUAACAAUGUGACACCUGCGAUCUUAUUCUGUAUAUUCCGUUCCUUGAGAAGAAGAGUAUAUAUUGAGUGAAUUGAAUGACUAUUAGUUUUGUCUGAGUUGUGAUUGUUAUUUGUGAUUAUAAUGUUGAAAUUAUAAAUGUUUGUGAUUACAUGGCUGUUGUAAUGCGCAAUUGAAGAUGG